AUGGCCGUAUCCUCCCAGUCCUCCACCGCAGCACCUCCCACCACCGUCACCAUUCCUCCCCAUACACCAACGUCGGGCUCGACCUCGUCCACAGACCCCUCGCCCACCACCACCACCUCGCCCACCCUCGCAGACCACCGCCCCUCGAUCGCAAAGACCUACACGGCCCCGCCCCCGCUGGACCGCCAGUUCCCCAAGCCCCCGUCCGACAUUGACCUCACCGAGGCCCUCCGCCGCGCCCCCGGCCGCUGGACCAUCCAGGGCAGCAUCAGCGCCAAGGAGGCCGCGCCCCGCCAGCCGCGCGCCGAUCGCGACAUUGAGCAGCUCAAGGCCCAGCGCAUCAUCGACCUCGAGACUGCCAAGGCCCAGCUGUUCGCCUACAGCGACAGCAUGCAGGAGGAGGUCGUCGCGCGUGAGAGGCUGCGUCGGACGCAGAGCAUCGCCAAGAAGACGGCUUUAGAUACCAGCAAACGGGUAUAA